CCCUCCACAGUGGACGAUGCUGCCGAGGAGGCGGCGGCGGCGGCGCGCUCCGGCGGUCUGAAGCGGCGUCCGGCUGCCACGGGCCGGCGGCGCGAUGAGCUGGGCGACCGCCCCCGGCUCGGGGCUGUGAGGGGCUCGGAGCCGGGGGUGGGUGGUGGCGGCGCGGCGGGAAGCCAAAGCUCCUCCGCGGCGGCGGCGGCGGCCAUGCGCGGGACGGCGCGAUCGGGGCCGCGGGGCCGGGGCCGCCUCCCCGGGAUCCGCGGCCUGAGAGCCCCGCCGCCGCCGCUGCUGCUCCUGUUCGCGCUGCUGCCGCUGCUACCCGCGCCCGGCGCCGCCGCCGCCCCGGCCCCGCGGCCUCCUGCGCUGUCGCCGGCGGCCGCGGGGCCCAGCGUGAGCCUCUACCUGAGCGAGGACGAGGUGCGCCGGCUCAUUGGUCUUGAUGCAGAACUUUAUUAUGUGAGAAAUGACCUUAUUAGUCACUACGCCUUAUCCUUUAACCUGUUAGUACCCAGUGAGACAAAUUUCCUGCACUUCACUUGGCAUGCAAAGUCCAAGGUUGAAUAUAAGCUGGGAUUCCAAGUAGACAAUUUUGUGGCUAUGGACAUGCCCCAGGUCAACAUUUCUGCUCAGGGGGAAGUUCCACGCACUUUAUCAGUGUUUCGGGUCGAGCUUUCCUGUACUGGCAAAGUAGAUUCUGAGGUUAUGAUACUAAUGCAGCUCAACUUGACAGUAAAUUCUUCAAAAAACUUUACAGUCUUAAAUUUUAAACGAAGGAAAAUGUGCUACAAAAAACUUGAAGAAGUAAAAACUUCAGCCCUGGACAAAAACACUAGCAGAACUAUUUAUGAUCCUGUACAUGCAGCUCCAACCACUUCUACACGUGUGUUUUAUAUCAGCGUGGGGGUUUGCUGUGCAGUAAUAUUUCUUGUAGCAAUAAUAUUAGCUGUUUUGCACCUUCAUAGUAUGAAAAGAAUUGAACUGGAUGACAGCAUCAGUGCCAGCAGUAGUUCCCAAGGGCUGUCUCAGCCAUCUACCCAGACGACUCAAUAUCUGAGAGCUGACACACCCAACAAUGCAACUCCUAUCACCAGCUCCUCAGGUUAUCCUACCUUGCGGAUAGAGAAGAACGACCUGAGAAGUGUCACUCUUUUGGAGGCCAAAGCUAAGGUGAAGGAUAUAGCAAUAUCCAGGGAGAGGAUAACUUUAAAAGAUGUACUCCAAGAAGGUACUUUUGGGCGUAUUUUCCAUGGGAUUUUAGUAGAUGAAAAAGAUCCAAAUAAAGAAAAACAAGCAUUUGUAAAAACAGUUAAAGAUCAAGCUUCUGAAAUUCAGGUGACAAUGAUGCUCACUGAAAGUUGUAAGCUACGAGGUCUUCAUCACAGAAAUCUUCUUCCUAUUACGCAUGUGUGUAUAGAAGAAGGAGAAAAGCCCAUGGUGAUACUGCCUUACAUGAAUUGGGGGAAUCUUAAGUUGUUUUUACGGCAGUGCAAAUUAGUAGAGGCCAAUAAUCCACAGGCAAUUUCUCAACAAGACCUGGUACACAUGGCCAUUCAGAUUGCCUGUGGAAUGAGCUAUCUGGCCAGAAGGGAAGUCAUCCACAAAGACCUGGCUGCUAGGAACUGUCUGAUUGAUGACACACUUCAAGUUAAGAUCACAGACAAUGCCCUCUCCAGAGACUUGUUCCCCAUGGACUAUCACUGUCUGGGGGACAAUGAAAACAGGCCAGUUCGGUGGAUGGCUCUGGAAAGUCUGGUUAAUAAUGAGUUCUCCAGUGCUAGUGAUGUGUGGGCCUUUGGAGUGACGCUGUGGGAGCUCAUGACUCUGGGACAGACACCGUAUGUGGACAUUGAUCCCUUUGAGAUGGCUGCGUACUUGAAAGAUGGCUACCGAAUAGCCCAGCCAAUCAACUGUCCUGAUGAGCUGUUUGCUGUGAUGGCCUGUUGCUGGGCCUUAGACCCAGAGGAGAGGCCCAAGUUCCAGCAGCUGGUACAGUGUCUCACGGAGUUCCAUGCAGCCCUGGGGGCUUAUGUCUGACUUGCUUCUCACAGUCCCACAGCAUCAGGAGCACUGUGCCUGUCGGGGCUCACUUGGAACCAGUCAUAGAUGCUUCGUACAUCAUACAACACCAGCAGAAGCACAUGUCUUCCGGAACACCGUGCCUUAGGAAUGCUUUAGAAUCUGAACUUUUAAAGACAGACAUAAUAAUGUGGAAUAUUUUCUAGAUAUCAUUUUUAUUAGGUUGAACUGAAAAGCCUUUUGUAAAUUUUUUGGCCCCAAAUUUUUUAAAACAUAGUUACUUUGGACUAGGGGUACAUUCUUACAAAAUAAAUAAACAGUUUUAAAAAUUGUUUAAACACA